AUGCGAUACGUGACAGGUCACUUGACAUGUUUGGUGCACGGUGACAUCAUUAGUGGUGGCCGCAGGGGUUUCUCGCUACUAUCUCAAAUUGUGCCAUUGUGUCAUAGUGACGGAAGAGUUCCACCUCGGGGCUCACACCCUGCGCCGCGGGCCGACAGCAGGGGUGGCACCCACCCUCCACCUGUAGCUGGGGCUCGCGACCUGUGGAACGUCACCGCACCACACGCUACAUGUUGA